GCAGUUCCGAUCCAGCGCCAAAAUAACACGACGAUGGCUGCAGUUAGUUCCCCGUCGCCGGCCGACCUGAGAAGAAAAGAAGAAGAAGAAGAAGUAAAGAGGAGGAUACGAUGCGCGCUGUGGAACAUAGGCACGUCGUGGCCCCUCAAGGCCGGGAUCAAGUUCCCGAUCAGCCGCGUCGGCCGGUACCUCAGGCAGGGCCGCUAUGCGCGUCGCGUCGCGGCGCUGGCCCCCGUUUUCCUCGCCGCCGUCCUCGAGUACCUCGUCGCCGAGGUCCUGGAGAUGGCCGGCAACGCGGCCAAGGACAACAAGAAGAAGCUCAUCACCCCUCGCCACCUGCUUCUGGCCAUCCGCAACGACAACGAGUUCAGCAGGCUGCUCGCCGGCGUCACCAUCGCCCAGGCCGGCGUCGUACCCUACAUCAACCCGGUGCUGCUCCCCAAGAACAACAAGACCGCCCACAAGGCCGGCAAGUUCAAGUCCUCCAAGACUCCAAGUUAAACAAGGCCGCCACCGAUGAGACCCGCCCUGAUGGUUCAUGCAUGCUUUCUCUUGUCUGUCGGUAGUGUCCUUCUGAUUCUCGGUAGUAUAUAUAGUAUGUAAUGGUUCAUGGUUUCUGUUCAUCCUGUACUCCUGUAUCUUGUAUCCUAUGUAAUUACUAGGAUAUACGCCCGUGCGUUGCAACGGAAGAAAAAAAUUGA